AGCGCGCAGACUGAUUUUUUUUUUUUUUUUUUUUUUUCCUUUUUGGCUAAAGUUUUUUUUUCUCUCUCUCUGUUUGACUCACUGCAAAUUAUCUACACUUAAUAUUCAAGAUAAUGAAACGAUGUUAAAGACGCGAUACUGUCGUGUUUCAUGAAAUCCACUUCAGUUUUUUCAGACAUCAUAGUUGGAUUUAUCUCAAACGGUUGAAGACAAUGAUUCACGCGCUUGUCUUGUUCUGUUUAUGUUUUUUCCCUCUGAUUGGUGCUGAGACCGAUGAGAUAAAAGUGUCAGCGAUGGGGGGAGGUUCUUUCACUCUCCUUACUAAUCUUACAGAAAUACAGAGCGAUGAUGAGUUUGAGUGGAGGUUUGGAUCGAGCAGAACAUUUAUAACCUCAGUUGUGAAGGGAAGCAUUAUAUAUAGUGAUGAUGAGAGAUUCAGAGACAGACUACAGCUCGAAAGACAGACUGGAGAUCUCACCAUCACAAACGUCAGUAAUGAACACAGUGGAGUUUAUGAAUAUGAACUAAGUAGGCCUAUCACUAGGGGAUUUAACGUGUCGACCAAAAAAAUAAGCGUCACUGUUUAUGCUCGUCUGCCUGUUCCUGUCAUCACCAAAUACUCUCCUCAAGGUUCAUCGUCAUCAUCUGUGUCCAAAAGUGUGAUGUUGUGUUCAGUGUUGAAUGUGAGUCAUGUGACUCUCUCCUGGUACAAAGGAAACAGUUUAUUGUCCAGCAUCAGUGUGUCUGAUCUCAGCAUCAGUCUCUCUCUACCUCUGGAGGUGGAAUAUCAGGAUAAAAACACCUACAGCUGUGUGCUGAACAAUCCCAUCAGCAACCAGACCAAACAUCUGGACAUCACUCAACUCUGUCACACAUGUGCAGACUGUGACCAGUACUGGACUGGCAGGACCGAAGCCGUGACCCGAUUGGUCGUCACUGCUGUGGUGGGCGUGGCUGCUGUUGCUGCUGCUGUUGUACUGGUUUAUGACAUCAGAUCCAGAAAAAUUGAACUGGAGAGGAAAAUUAAGUUCAUCAAACAGUAAUGUGUCUGGCAUUGUAAAACAGGAAUAUACAGUCUCUGUCUUUUUGUUUCUCUCUUGUUUUAAAACAAUAUCUUUUUAUAAUUUAUUAAUGUAUUUUACAGAGAAUAUCAAUAUUCAUAAUGAUAAUGGUGCAUUACAUAAUUUGAUAUUCUGAUACAUUACAAUUGACACCAUGCUUCGAAACAAUAUGCCUGCUUUGAAACGAUAUGUAUUGUGAAGUGCGCUAUACAAAUAAAUGUGAAUUGAAUUUAA